UACCGAGGUGGAGGGACGAUGCCACCGUCUCGUAAUAACGGACAGUGCACGAACAGACCGCGUCAUCGAAAUUAAGAAUAUAAACCGUUAUUGAAACAGAUUGGGGAGAAAAUAAAGGGAAAGACAGUUUAUGCAAUUAAAAAAUAUAUCUUCUCCGAAAGAAAGGAAAAUACUUCAAACUGUAGGAACUCCCUGCCUCACAUCUACAAAAGUGAUUCUGUCAUAAUGAAGAAGAGCAAUCUAGCCAAACGGGGUCCUCAGGAUGUCAACCAGCUGUCAUCGCAGCCAGACAAAGUAGGCUGGAUCCGCAAGUUCUGUGGCAAAGGGAUUUUCAGGGAAAUAUGGAAAACCCGAUUCGUGAUACUGAGAGGAGACCAUCUGUACAUAUCUGAGAAAGAGGUGAAGGAUGAGAGGAAGGUCCAGGAGUUGUUUGACCUGGCUGACUACGAACGCUCUGAGGAGCUGCGCAAGGCCAAGAGUCGCAGUAAGAAGAACCACAGCAGGUUCACCCUGCUUCGCUGCAAGCAGCCUGGGAAUAUGGUGCCCAAUCUUGUGUUUUUGGCCGUUAGCCCCGAGGAGAAGGAGUCGUGGGUCAAUGCCCUCAAUACAGCCAUCAUCAAAGCCAAGAACCGCAUUUUUGACGAGGUCACAAUUGAAGAGGACAGUGUCCUGGUGCACCCUACACGUGAUCGUGUCAAGAUUCCCCAUGCACGGCGCUUGCCCACCCGGGGACACCUCAUGGCUGUGGCAUCCACCUCUUCAGACGGAAUGUUGACCCUUGACCUUGUCCACGAGGAAGAUGGCUCCACCCCAGAUGAUGAGGAAGAAGGCUUCUGGGAAAAUAACUUCCGGGUUGACCUAGACAAACGGACCACAGGUCGUCAGCGUUCUGGCACAGAUGUCUCCAAACUCUGUGUCACCACAAGGGACCCAAGGGUACCCAAGACGGGCAGCCUACCCCGCGGGAGCGAGCUCUCCUGGGGCCGGGCGCACCAUCUUGAGGCUCAACCCCACACCCCUCAACCAGGGAAGAGGUUCAGUGCCCAGGGUAGGAGCCGCUGUGCCUCCAUGGACGAGGUCCUUUCCUCACGGCCAAUCAGAGGUGUCCUUCGCCCUCGCCCCACAGAUGAACCUGUCCAGCCUGUUGGACAACUGCAAAGUCUUAUCGCCCAGAAAAUGCAGAGGGCUCAGGAACUGCUGGAAGAAAUGCGAUUGGAGGAACUGCAACAUGCAAAGGGAAUUGACUCGCCCUAUCUGAAGGGCAUUGACUCGCCUCGCUUGCACCAUCUGAGAGGGUCUGAGUCUCCUCACUCCAGGGCCUCAGGCUCACCUCGCAGUAAGAAUAGUGACUCCCCACGUUUGAGGGUAAAAGACUCGCCUCGUUUGAAGGGGAAAGACUCACCUCGUAUGAAGGGCAAGAAGUCCCGCUCAAAAGGUACAGACUCACCCCAUUCAAAGAGUGAUGACUCUCCUAAUUUGAGGGGUAAGGACUCUCCCCGUCUCAGGGUUACUGACUCUCCCCGUCUCAGGGUUACUGAUUCUUCCCGUUUCAUGGAAACACACUCGCCAAGUCUGAAGGGUUCUGAAUCCCCACGUCUCAAGAACAUUGGUUCACUGUUUUCAAAAAGUUUUGACUCAUCUAGUCUGAAGGAUUCUGUCUCGCCUCGCAUCAAGGAUACCGAUUCUCCUGUUCUGAGGGGUAAGGACUCGCUAAAUAUAAUUGGCAAGAAUUCUCAGAGUCUGAAGAGUAUCGGCUCAACUUGUCCGAAGGGUGCUGACUCGCCCCGUCUGAAGGGUAAUGACUCUCCCCGUCUGAAGGGUGCUGACUCGCUCCGUCUGAAGGGUAAUGACUCGCCCCAUAGUAAGAGUGCACACUCACUUAUCAGUGACUGUGAUUUGGAGAGUAGACGGGCAGAGGCGGAGCGUCUUCUGCAGGAAGCCGUCUCCUCCUGGCGUCAAGCUAAGGAGGUGCUGGAGGAGGUGAAGGAGCUGCAGACGCAGUCACUAAACCGCCGCUCCGAAAAGAAAACAAUGGAGAGGCCCCCAACACCGCCACAGGACUAUAGGCUGGGGGACCAGUGACUCUGUCGCCAACACAGCUGAAAAGCAUGCUGGCUUCUCUCCAAACAAAGACAAUAAGAAAGAGCACUAGGGGCAUGGAGUACCUUCAGUAAAUGUUCUGUCACGUUUUUGUUGUCAUUGCUUGCCAGUGUUGAAGCACAAAACUUUUAGGCUUUACUGUUAUUUUACACUGUUCUAUCUUGAUCCUUGUUUCCAUACCGUAUACUAGUCAAAUUAAGCUGAGCAAGUCAUGACAGAAUUAUUUUAUUAUAGCACGGCUAUUUCCUUGCUGGUUUGAAUAGGUUAGAUGGACCUUGACCUCAUAAUAUGACUCUGGGCAUUCGUUUUUGUUCCCUUUGUCAAAGGCUCUGUGGUCCACUCUGUGGAUGGAGGGAUGGGCGUCUGGGCUGUGGAAGCAGAGCAGAGCUUAAUCCUGGUUUGUGGAUGGGGGGGUGACUCAGACUGAGAGGCAUAAACAAGGCUAGAGUGGGGGUGCCCGGCCUCGGUGACACUGACACCCCCAAGGAAAGUCAUGCUGUUCAUGUAUUUACAUGUAUUAUCCGCCAGAGGUCGAUUAGGUUUCAUUGCAAAAUGCUUUGCACUGUAAAUAUAAGUAUGAAAUGCUUUUUUAUAAUGGACAAAUGGAAUGAGAAUGUUUGCGUGGAAACAUUGUCUGAGGAGCAUUAUUUCAGUCUGAAAUGCAUACAUGGAGAAGAUGCUUGGGAUUUCUCUCUUUCGGUUAGCUUCAGUUAUUGACAACGUGCAGUCCAGUCCAAUGACCUUGAAAAGCGACAAGAUUUCCCCCAGUCAGAAACCUAGUAAAUAAAUAAAUAUAUGCCAUUUAGCAGACGCUUUUAUCCAAAGCGACUUACAGUCAUGUGUGCAUACAUUCUACGUAUGGGUGGUCCCGGGAAUCGAACCCACCACCCCUGGCGUUACAAGCGCCAUGCUCUACCAACUGAGCUACAGAAGGACCAUUGUAGUUGUUGGUCUUCUCAGAGACCGAAUGCAAAAGGCGAUCUUUCUCUUACUCUGAGCGCAUUAUGUCCUCUUUCCCUCUGUGUCCUGAGCUGAGCAAUACUAUUCCAGGGACAGAUUCAAAAUGUUAACAUUCUGCAAUCAAACUGAUUCAUUUGCCAAGCUGGAUUCCUGACAUGUAUAGCUAAAACUCACAGACCACUUUGAUUGCAAGGAUAUCAAGUGACUAACUGCUUCGCUUUAUUAAAUGCACUUCUAUUUUCGGGUCAUGUAGCAUGGUCUCUUGCUUGUGCUCAGAAUUCCUCGGUUGUUUCGGUUAAUUGGGGUUCUGUGGUCUACCAAAGCCUGCUGUGAGUGACUCAGCGGAAGCCAGCAAGAGAACAUGCUCGUUAACUCUGAUCAGCUUCCGAGGAGAAGUGCUAUAAUGGGAUUAUAAUCGCAGGCGUCAUGUUGGGUCUCUGUAGUGUUUGUUACACUUCUAAUCAGGUGGGAAGAUGAUUUGAACAGUUCUUCUGUCUCUCUUCCAAAAGGUGCACAGGUUAAUCUCACAACAAGAGGAUCAAUGAUUUAAUGAGAGAGAGAUGAUGAAAGCUUCUGAAAGGUUUUCAGAGCACAAAGAUGUUACAUUUGGAGAUUUGAAGAUGGGUUAGUUGCACUGCACUAUUUCAUACCAAAAUAGGGUGGAAAUCAAUGUUUUUAGUGUCAUGUCCUGGUUUAGUCACAUGGUCAGUAUUUCCCGCCAUGUCAUUGGCUGACUGCCAAAAUGUGAUUCAUAGGUCACUGAGUUGAUAUUAACAUGCACAGUGCAUCUAGGACAGGACAAACAUCGCUCCAUUACACCAGGCUCACCUCACAUACGGUUACAAUCACUCAUGUGUGAUUGCGGUUUAUCAGUUUAUUUGAUUAUGUGUGUCCCUUAAGCAGCAAUUAUAUGGCUUUGGUGCACAUGACAACAUGCAAUACAGUAGGCCUAAUGUUGAUAACGAAAGAGAUCUAUACCACUGCUUUGUAAUCUGAACUAAGCCAAAGACCAGCAUAUAGCAACUCUGCCAGAAAGAGGUGAAAAGUGGUUCAAAUGUCUCAAGCAAUCUACAUAAAUAGAUUUUAUUUACAGCAAUUGAUAAAUGACUAAUGUAUGCAUAAGUUAAAUAAAUAAUUUACACCGAA